UAAAAUAUGGUGGGGAAAAUGGUGGCCAUUUACUUGAGCAGCAGGCUGAUUUAUUAUUUAUUGUUCUGUCCCACGGUCACGUGUUUGGGGCGCCCUAUCCAGGCUUGGGCAAGGUUCAACUUACUGGACGCAUUGAGCCUCUCGCUGGCGCAGAAAGCAGCGCAUUAUAUGCAAUGAAUUUGGUUUAUCUCUUCCUUUCUGGACUUUAAAACUCCCGUUCUUCUAUUUUUUGGUGCAAUGUCGACGUUGGGAACGAGUUUUUACAUUGAUUCGCCUGUUCUUCCCGAGCAGGAAGACAUGGCACCGAGGUUUUCAUCAGCUGCAGGGGUGGAGCAGGCGAUGCUCGCGGAAUAUGGCGGACAGGAGUCGUGCCCUUUGCAGGCGAAAUCUUCUAUUUUUGGUGGAUCUUGGAGUCCAAUCUCGGCCCACCCUCCAAAUACAGCCGCUCCGACCUACAUUCAUCACCAUUACAGUGGAGACUGCGAUGGCAUGUUUACGCGCUCCUGGGCGUUGGAUCCGGUCUCCGCGUCCCUGUGUUUGACGGGAUUACCAUCGACAGCCAUGCAUUAUGAGAUCAAACCCGAGCCUCUGGUUGGUAGUGCUGAAUGUACAACUUUGGAGACGCACGCACCUCUUUUGUCUGACAUUGGAAACGAAGCAUCUCUCGUGGAGAUUCCAUGCGAGACUACGUCCACGAAUGAAACCGCUGGGGAGGAGAGCCCGUCAGUGGAGGAGAAGAGGGAGACAGAUACAAAACAUUUUUCACCCCUGUUUUCAGACAACCCAUCAUCCAACUGGCUUCACGCAAAGCCCACCAGGAAAAAGCGCUGUCCCUACACAAAGUACCAAAUUCUUGAACUGGAAAAGGAGUUUCUGUUUAAUAUGUACCUCCCACGGGAUCGUAGGUACGAGAUAGCGAGAGUCCUCAAUCUGACCGAGAGACAGGUGAAAAUCUGGUUCCAAAACCGCAGGAUGAAGAUGAAGAAAGAAAACAAAGACCGGCGGAGGAACAGUUAACUUGUGUUUGUUGGACUAAUGCUGAAUUAGAGCCG